GCUGCAGAGAGAGGAGACCCGGAGCAGUUGCAUCCGUCCCGUCCCGUCCUGUCUCCCCCUCUUCCUCUUGCUCCCUGUGCCUUGGCUCUGCGAGAGUUGAGGGUUCAGGUGUCGGUUCGCGGCAGUGAGGGCAAGAGGGCCAGGAGAGUGGGAAGCGGCGCCCAGGGUGCGGGGGAAGAUGCCCAUCCUGCUGUUCCUCAUAGACACGUCCGCCUCUAUGAACCAGCGCACUGACCUGGGCACCUCCUAUUUGGACAUUGCCAAAGGCGCUGUGGAAUUAUUCUUGAAGCUGCGCGCCCGGGACCCGGCCAGCCGCGGAGACAGGUACAUGCUGGUCACCUACGACGAACCCCCAUACUGCUUCAAGGCUGGUUGGAAAGAAAAUCAUGCAACAUUCAUGAGUGAACUAAAAAAUCUUCAGGCAUCUGGACUGACUACUCUUGGUCAAGCUCUAAGAUCCUCAUUUGAUUUGUUAAAUCUCAAUAGAUUAAUAUCUGGAAUAGACAAUUAUGGACAGGGGAGAAAUCCAUUUUUUUUAGAACCAUCUAUUUUAAUUACCAUCACAGAUGGCAACAAGUUAACAACUACUGCUGGUGUUCAAGAAGAGCUUCAUCUGCCUCUGCAUUCUCCUCUGCCUGGAAGUGAACUAACCAAAGAACCUUUUCGUUGGGAUCAAAGGUUAUUUGCCCUGGUGUUGCGCUUGCCUGGGUUGGCUGUGACUGAGCCAGAACAACUAGGGAGCGUGCCGACCGAUGAGUCUGCCAUCACACAGAUGUGUGAAGUCACAGGAGGUCGCUCCUACUGUGUUAGAACACAGAGAAUGUUGAAUCAAUGUUUAGAAUCUCUAGUUCAAAAAGUUCAGAGUGGUGUAGUUAUUAACUUUGAAAAAACAGGACCAGAUCCACUUCCUAUUGGAGAAGAUGGAUGUGUGGAUUCAGCUAGGCCAAGCAAUUCAUUUGCUGCCCAAGCAUGGCAUAGUUGUCAUAAGCUCAUUUACGUACGACCUAAUUCUAAAACUGGCGUUCCUGUUGGACAUUGGCCAAUUCCAGAGUCUUUUUGGCCAGAUCAGAAUUUACCUUCACUACCUCCUCGAACAUCUCAUCCUGUUGUGAGGUUCUCCUGCAUAGACUGUGAACCAAUGGUAAUAGACAAACUUCCGUUUGACAAAUAUGAACUUGAACCUUCACCUUUAACUCAGUAUAUCCUGGAACGAAAAUCUCCCCAUACCUGCUGGCAGGUGUUUGUUACUAGCAGUGGAAAAUACAAUGAACUUGGAUAUCCAUUCGGUUAUUUAAAAGCCAGUACAACUUUAACUUGUGUAAACCUCUUUGUGAUGCCAUACAACUAUCCAGUUUUACUCCCUCUUUUAGAUGACUUGUUUAAAGUUCACAAGCUUAAGCCAAAUCUGAAGUGGCGACAGGCUUUUGACGGCUACUUAAAAACUCUGCCUCCAUACUACUUAUUACCAUUAAAGAAAGCACUAAGGAUGAUGGGAGCUCCAAAUCUGAUAUCAGAUAAUUUAGAUUGUGGACUUAGUUACAGUGUUAUCUCUUACCUUAAAAAACUCAGCCAACAGACCAAACUAGAGUCAGAACGAAUACUAGCAUCAGUGGGGAAGAAACCUCCCCAGGAAAUUGGAAUCAAAGUGAAAAAUCAUUCUGGAGGUGGCAUGUCCUUAACUCACAAUAAAAAUUUUAGAAAAUUAUUGAAAGAAAUCAUAGGGGAAACUCCAUCGAGACUGACAGAAUUGAAUACCAAAGAAUUUGCUGGCUUCCAAGUAGGGCUCUUAAACAAGAAUUUCAAUCCUCAGACAUACAGAAAUGCUUAUGAUAUUCCACGCCGAGGUCUUUUAGAUCAGCUAACAAGAAUGAGAUCCAAUUUGCUGAAAACACACAAAUUUAUUGUUGGACAAGAUGAAGAUUCACUUCAUAGUGUGCCAGUAGCACAGAUGGGCAACUACCAGGAAUAUCUAAAGACAUUGGCUUCUCCGCUUCGAGAAAUUGAUCCAGAUCAACCGAAAAGGCUGCAUACUUUUGGCAACCCAUUUAAACAAGAUAAGAAGGGAAUGAUGAUUGAUGAAGCGGAUGAGUUUGUAGCAGGGCCACAAAAUAAAAUCAAACGUCCUGGAGAAUCCAGCAGUCCUGUGUCACCUAAGAGAAGGCGGAAUGUUACUGUCACUCAUGAAGUCCAUGAAGAGAAGAUGGAAAAUGGUCAAAUCCCACCUGAUGGCUUCUUGUCAAAACCUGCUGCUGCACCAGAGCCCGUGACUAUGGCAGGAGAUGGUAUUCCACCCAAUCAACUGGAUUUCCUGCCUGACGACUUCGCUAACCUCAGGAAAGAUGGCCUGAUUCACAGACCUGGUAGUAAUGCACUUGGAGGAGGAACCAAAAACUGCAGUGUCUCUGCAGAUGAACGAAAAGUCUCCACAACAUCUGCUUUGAGAACUGUGCCAAAUACAUUGCAAAUAACUCCUGCUAUGGCGCAAGGAAUCAAUGCUGAUAUAAAACAUCAGUUAAUGAAGGAAGUUCGAAAAUUUGGACGAAAGUAUGAAAGAAUUUUCAUUUUGCUUGAAGGAGUACAAGGAUCUCUUGCAGUCAAGAAACAAUUUGUUGAAUUUACCAUCAAGGAAGCUGCAAGGUUUAAAAGACGAGUCUUAAUUCAGUACCUUGAGAAGCUACUAGAAAAAAUAGAUUCCCACUAUCUUCCCAACAAUGUAAAUCACAUCAACAGCAGAUCAUCAUGUUAACAUACUGACCAAGGAGAAAAAAAGACAAGUUGUCUGUGCUAUAGCAUGGAGUGGAAUGUUGUUGAAGCUUCCUGGAAUGCUUCAGUCAAGGGACUUGCCUUCCAGCGACCACAGGAAAGCUGUGGAGUUUUUGAUUUUAUGAUUCUCUGGCAGUAAAAUCGGGGCUUUUGUCCUAGAAGUUUUUUUUGAAGGUAUCAAUUUUUGUUUUGUUGUUUCUCUUCCCAGUAGAGGAAGGUGAUGGUGAUGUUACUAAUUCAGCAGGUUGAAUUCAGUGAACACUGCUGCCCCCACCACAGGCGAUAAGAGUGCACUCUGAACUUUGCUGUUCUGGGCAUUUCCAGGGCACAGGUAGUGCUGACUAUGUCCUGCAGAAAAAAUAGAAUUCAGUCGGUCAUUUGCAUGUGCUGAACAAAGUUUCAACAGUUCCUAGUUGUGCCUUCUAAACCAUGCAAUAUUCAGGAUAGUCUGAAUCAAAGAGUAAGAAAGCUGCUAUUGGGGUAACUUAUUUCUCUGUGGGAGGGGACCAAACGAUCUACCUCCAACUCUUCUAUUUUGUCUAGAGACAUUACAAGUGGAACCUGAGGUCGCCCCCACCCCUGACAUUUAUUCUUGUUUGUGAUGACAGAAAGUCUUCCGCUGGACUUGUACCUUCUGUGCUUUGGAAGCACCAAAAGAAAAAAAAAAUCAUGUAUAUAUUUCCUUUAAUGUUUAUACAAAGGUUUAUAUGGAUCAGUAUUGUUA